UUGGGCAGACUACACCGGGUGUAGGGCGUGCCUAUGCGUUGACGAACGCACCGGUCCGGGACCGGAGAUCUCGUAAGGCCUUAAGACUCAUUUCAGGUUGGUACCUUUCUGUAAUUGUUAAAAUGGGGAAUAGUUGCGGGAAGGAGCUAAAUGUGGGCUGUGAUCAAUUUACAGGACCCUUAAGAACAAUGUGGAACCAACACGGACCAUCAGCCGUGGAAAGGUUUAAAAAUUUGGCAAGAACAUGGGUUUCCUUUAAAAGGCACAUUUUCAACACAGAGGUUAGAGGAUGUUAGAAAAAAUAUGGAAAGUUGUACCAGGAAAAGACAUUUUUGUAAAAAAAAAGGAAUUAAGGGGAUUUGAGUUAUGGGAACGAGAGGCACGUGAAAGGCAGGCGAGACAACAAAGAAAUAAUGAUAAAAAAGGAGAAACUCAGCCUCCGUCGUAUUUUUCAGCUGGGGCGAGUGGGAAAAGCACACCCUGUUUAUAUCCCUCACUAACCAUGUUAAAACAUUCCGAGGUUGACACGGACCUGGACUGCCCGGUGCCCCGUCCACCUCCCCAAGCACCUCCAUCGCACCAGCCAGCCCCGGUCCUCAACACCCCGACGAUACCGCCUGCUCCAGCCCCGACUCUGCUAUCGCCACCACACCUACAGACUCCUGGAAGAGGGACCCCUCAGCCACCAACGUUGACACCCUCCACGGGCCACACCAGAUCGGGAUUACAGUAUCAGCCACGGAAAAACUACCCGUGCGCAAUACCAAACUGUCAGUUCCCUGCCACAGGAAGUGCAGCAGACAGAGCCCCUUCACACACCGCAGAGGCAUGGGAACGCCAGUAUGGAUUAAAAGACAUCCCAGAAGGAGAAUGGAAUAAAGAACUAUAUCAGGGUGAUCCCGAAGGGUGGUAUGGACCUAAACCUGAUGAUCCUCCCCACCCCCAGCUGACAAUGGGACAGUUUCCGAUGGUAGAAUGUCCGGACCCCCAUCAACCAGGGCAGGUACAAUUGGUGUACCGACCCUAUACUAGGGACGAACUGAGGGCAAUCUGCUCGGAACUACCGAACCCAAGUCAAACCGGGGGAGAAACUUUCUAUGACAAAUUGAUGGAAAUAAUACAGUGUGCUAAACCAAGCAGUAAUGAUCUGGAAGGCAUCAUGCGCAAGCAUUUGGGCACCAGGUGGGGAAAGGUGAGAGACAGAGCUGGAGUACCGGGCGACGGAGGGCAAGUGACUGCCUUUCGACCCUACCGUUGUCUAUAACCCAGUAGCAGGAUCCCCAUAUGGCUUACAGACUGCGGCUUUGAGGGCAGCUCUCACAAAUGUUUUUCCCACUCACCUGGAUACAGGUAAACUGGCCAGAACCGUGCAGAAACCCGAAGAAACAGUGGAAGAAUAUCAAGACAGGCUGCAGAGUGUUGUGGAACUGCAUGGAGGAUUGCCGAAGCCCCAACCAUUCCCGGGAGUACAAAACACACUAUAUGAGUCGUAUCUCAGUCAACACUUUAUGAACGGGCUGAGACCCAGCCUACGGGCAGCGAUACAACAGACUCUUGUGGGAUGGCAGCAUGCCUGCCUGGAUGACCUACGACGCCAUGCACAUCAUGCGGAAAAUAAUGAAAGAGAAAAGAAAGAAAAAAACAACAAAAAACAUCAGAUGCAGAUGGUACAAGUAACUGACCUCCAACUCAAACAGCUGAAGAGUCAGCAGCCAGCUAGAGGAAGAGGCAGAGGACGUGGAAGGGGGAGAGGAAGAGGGGCUGGGAGAAGCGGCGACAGAAACGGCCCUUGUUAUGUCUGCGGAGAAGAAGGACAUUGGGCACGAGACUGUCCCAGGAAAUACAAAGGACAGGGCAGAGGAGACCAAAGACUGGGCGAAAGAGGCGAGCAAGAAUGGCAAAACGCUCCACGGGGCCGGGGCACAGUGAAUCAUCCUGAUCAGUUUGACGAACAAGCAUGAAGGUGCGGGGGGAAAGGUGGAUGGAGCAUGCGCCAGACGGCAGGUGAAAGCAGCACAACCAGCCGUACGUGACGAACCUGGCCAUCAGCUGAAACCAGGAGACUGGGUGGUGGUGAAGGACUUCCAGAGGAAGAGGUGGUGCGAACCCAGGUGGCGUGGACCGUUCCAGAUCCUACUCACGACUCCGACGGCUGUUCGAGUAGCUGAGCGCACUUCCUGGAUACACGCCCGUCACUGCAAGCUGUACAAACGAGGGGGAUGCCUGUGACGAGCCAUAGGCUGUCUCUGAUCAGCAAUGGGGACAAAUGGCGAGUGGUAUGGCUUGGGGUUAUGACAAUCACUAUAGCCUCAUGUGCUCCCACUGCCUAUCACCUGGACAGAAAGGGCUCGGAAGACACUCAAGAAAAUAGGACACAACGAGGUGUACCAGACUCUCUCUGGGCCAGGGCCACCCACAACGUAUGGUGGAAAUGGGCUAAUCACACAGCAAUGAAAGAAACUGAAGGGAGAGGGGACUGUGUCGUUUGGGUCGUUCCGACACCCUACAACACUUCCACAUGUGCAAGAUGGCUGAUGGAGCACCGAGAGACUUGUGAGGCAAUGUGUGGGGUUGUAAACAUAAAUGAUGAAUGUGCAGCAGCAAACCAAACCGAACUAUAUUGUUGAAUAUGACUAGAACAAAAAACUGUUUAUGUGUACAAAAUUGUACUAGAGGGGCUGGGACCUGCCCGUAUUUGUGUUUAAUGAUGCAAGGAUCAAGACACUAUAAUGCUUCUGCCCACUGUACAAAUGUGACCAUGUGGCCCGAAAUUAAGAGGGAAGAAAAUAUCACAAAAUGGGGAGUGGGUGAAUCUAAAAUAGAAUGUUAUAAACGUACAAAUGGGGUAGUAAAUGUAGGGGCAUUCCCAGCCAACAAUUGUAGUAAAACGUGGAACGUAAGUGAAUUGGAAAAUACACAGUCAACAAACGGGUGUGCUCUACCUCCACAGUGGGCUCUCCAGGGGACGGGGAUACCGCUGGCUGACUUAUGGUGGGCCUGUGGUCUCUCCCGACCCUUAACCUAGACAUUGCCCACCAAUUGGACUGGAACUUGUGCUCGGGUUAUGAAGGUGCUUAGGGUGGAUGUAAGUACCUUCCAUGACCAGAGCGCUCAAAGUAUGCGCCGAAGAGCGUAUCAAGGCGACAGUAGAGUGUACUUAGAUGCUAUUGGCCAACCGAGGGGCAUCCCAUGUGAACAUAAGGCCAUGGAUGAGGUAAAAGCAGGUUUCGCAUCUAUAUUUAUAUGGGUACAACCUAAUAAAAAUGUAGAGUGGAUAAAUUAUAUACACUAUAAUCAACAGCGAUUUAUUAAUUACACUGAUGAGGCUUUGACUGCCCUGGGCGAACAAUUGGAUGCCACAAGUAAAAUGGCCUGGCAAAACCGCCAGGCCUUAGACUGGCUAUUAGCAGAGAAAGGAGGUGUAUGUGAAAUGUUUGGAGACCAAUGUUGCACGUACAUCCCUAACAAUACUAGCCCGGAAGGUUCCUUUACUGAUGCUAUGCUUAAAAUUAAAAACCUACGAAAAGAACUUAGUGAGAACUCAGGAGUCAGUCCAUGGGGGAAUUGGUCAUGGCUUCUAGAUUCCUGGUACGGUGUUUUCGUUAAAAUUGGAAUGACUUGUGCGGUAAUUUUUGUUAUAUUGGCAUUGGUGUUUUGUUGCUGUGUUCCACUCCUGCGGAAGGUUAUAGGAAAAUGGAUUUCUGAGGGGGUGACCACUCAUCUGAUUGGCUUUCACCGUAAUGUAUUCAUGUGAUAA